AUGAAGGACCAACUCCCCCAAGAGGUGCUCCAGCAGAUCUUCUCUUACCUCGCCGGAAACCAGAAAACACUCCACGCCUGCUCCUUAACCUCACGAUCAUGGUAUUCGGCCUCAAUAGUCUACCUCUAUGAGAAUCCGAUGAUUACCGGAAACAAUUUCAACGCCUUCGUUCGAGCAAUAUGCCCUUCGGUCAAUGCUCAUAUACGGCGCAACGGGCUGGCAGAGUUAGUGCGGAGGUUGGAUAUGAGCAGUCUGGUACACAAUGGGAGCAAGAGUCUGACAGCUAGGCUGCUUGGGAGAGUCAAGACGAGGUUAGAGGAGUUUGUGGCGCCGCAAGCAUCAUUUGCGGUGAACUGCCUCGCAGCUCUCUCCAAAUGCUCCAACCUCCGUCACCUAGAUCUCUCCUUCGUGUCCGAAUCUAUAUCAAUCACCGAUCUCUUGCGCUCAACCAGCCUGCUUUCGAAGCUGGAAAGCCUACAUCUGCCUCGAUCAUCGGCACAUGACGCAGCUAGGGAUCUCUUGAUAUGCAACUGGCCAGCCACACUCCGCGAGCUUCACAUAUCUGGAGGCAUCCAUGACGGACCAUUGAUGUCUUUAACCACCCUACCUCCGUCCCUCUCCCGCCUCAGCAUUGAGAACUGUCCCCAUUUAUCAAUGGUCUCCAUUGGCAGCAUACUGAGAAACAAAGGGUCACAAUUACAUCACCUUGAAAUUGUCGCCCCCAUACCAGCAUUGACCUACGACCACAAGCCGCUUAGUGGCUACAUGGAGCAUGUUCCGAACCUUCUCUACCUCAAAAUCUCGCUCGACUUUGUCAGCCGCUCGUUCUUGCUUUCAGAAAACGACAAGGGUGAGCAAUACCCUCUGAGGCAACUCGAUCUCGAUUGCUUUGAUCCUGCGGACUGUGAUACUUUCACGGCCUACGAUGUUUGGGCAGCUAUUGCCUAUGACAGUGGGUUCGGCAGGGUCAGAAAGGUCCGCGUCCAUCGAAGACUAGGAUGGGCAGCUACGACAGAGGGCAAGGAACAGGUGAAGGAUCUAGAUGAUUUGCUGAAAGCUCUUGCGAGGGAAGAUGGAGCAAAUGCAGAGAUUCAAGAAGCUGAUGCUGGGGUCGUGUUGUUUGGCAAACGGUGA